UUGCUAGAAUUCUGAAAUUUGCAAGUAAUCCAAAAGAACGAUCACGAUGGAACGUGCCGUCUCCUUGCCGGAGUUCCAGAUGUUGGCCCCCACAAAUAUUAAGACCCGCUUGCAGUCCCAGAUCGUGGCCAAGAAGCUGCUCUACAGCAGGCAGGCGCGCAAGUUGUUGCCAGCUCGACGGAUGCCCACCUACGCGGAGUUUCAGCGUCUGAUGAAGGAAGUGUAUUCAGAUCGCAGCCAGUUCAGAGACUGCAAGGGCAAGCCGUUGGGCAAUAUUGUGAGCAUCUACAACAAGCUGGUGGAGAUGCGGCAGGCGCAAUGGGAUCGCAAGCAUCUGAGGGGCAUCAAGUCUGUGAUCAAUACGCGGCUACCGAAUCCGCAUAGUGGUCUCAUACUGGAGAGGACGUCGCUGUUGGAGAAUCUGCAGAAGAAGCAGAUCAUCUUUCGCGAUAAUCUGGCACUUUUGAGGCGCAUCAAUAGGACCCAACGGCUGCACGGCGCAGUCGACUGCUUCAACACAACGUUUCAGAGAUACUCAUCGCUUAGGCACAGUAAACUGAAGCAGGCGGAGCGCUUGAGUCGGGACAACAGGGAUCUGGGCUGCCGCCUGGCGAUGGUAAAGUCAAAGGUGGACACCCACAAUCCGUGGGUGCCGCCGUUGCCGCCCAUCGAGCGGAAGGCCUCCCAGCAGACGUUGGUCAAGUACACGCCAUUUCUACCCGCACCACAGGCGGGUCAAAUCGAUCCCCAUACGCUGCUGAGACCCGUUCUCUACUACGACCUGGUGGUGGGCAACAAUCAGCCGCUGGGCCGGAUCGCCAUUCAGCUGUACACGGAGGUCAGUCCGGAAGUGGUGCUGGAAUUGGUGCGCCUUGCCACCUACAACGAUGUGCGGGGCCACCGAUUCCUGCGCAUCUUCGCUGAACUUUGGAUGGAGGGUGAGCUGGUCCUCGGCUCGAGCGAUGCCCUGCGCCACCAUCACAGCAUCAGGCAGUCGCAGCUGGACCACACUCGACUGACGGGAUUUCUCUCCUAUCCGUGGGACUAUCACCAUCAUUUCCCGCAGGGACUGCUCAACUACACCAUUAGCUUCAAGCCCCUGGCUGUGGUGACGCUGCGGCGUGUCGUCUUUGGCCGCGUGUUUGGCGGUCACAGAGUGCUUCAACUCUGCCAGGCGUAUGGCACCAAAAACGGCAAGCCCAAGAGUCGUGUGACCAUCGCACAGUGUGGGUUGCUCUAAUGGGAGUCCCCUGUCCCAGUUCCCUGCUGCUUGCCGCCUGCCGACUGCCGCCUGCCGCCUGUCUCAUUAUCCUUGUGCACCUCUAUUAGCAUAAAGAGGAGUGGUGCAUUAAAAAAAAAAACUGUAGCACACUUUUGUGGGCCAAUGCUGCAGAAAACCUCUCGCUCUCCAACAAAAUGCAAAUAAAAAUUAU